AUGCCUUGGGGUAUCAAUAAUCCUUUACCCGCUUCUAUGAGAAGCGAGUGUAAGAAGGCUGGCAAAAUAUUAGCUUCUUUCGUCGACCCGAGACAGAGCUUUGGUCCUGACAAGAUCAUCCCUCCUCACAUUCUAGCAAAUGCAAAAGGCUUGGCCGUCAUCACCGUUCUUAAAGCAGGCUUUGUCGGCUCUGGUCGAGUCGGUUCCGGCAUCAUUGUCGCUCGCCUGGCAGAUGGCUCAUGGUCUGCUCCCUCGGCCAUUGCACUCGCAGGAGGUGGCUUUGGCGGUCAGAUAGGUUUCGAGUUGACUGAUUUUGUUUUCAUCCUCAACGAUGCUGCCGCAGUUCGAACAUUUUCCCAAGCCGCCUCCCUCACACUCGGUGGCAAUGUCAGUAUAGCUGCUGGUCCCGUCGGAAGAAAUGCAGAGGCUGCCGGUGCCGCGAGUCUAAAGGGUGUCGCAGGAAUCUUCUCAUACAGUAAAACAAAAGGCUUGUUUGCUGGAGUCAGUCUGGAAGGCAGCGCUUUAAUCGAGCGGAGGGAUGCCAAUGAAAAGCUGUACAGUGGAAGAGUUACGGCACGUCAAUUACUCGAGGGCGCCGUCCGGCCUCCUCCAGCUGCAGACCCAUUGAUGAGGGUCCUCAAUACUCGCAUCUUCUCGGGUGCAGCAGCUGCUGGUGACGGAAUGUACAAUGAUGUGCCAAUUUAUGAUGAUCAACAUGACAACGUGGUCUGGGAAGGAAGAACCGGCGAUGCCUACGGAGCAAAUACUCGAAAUAAUCGAUCUUCCACUUUCGGUUCGCAAAAUGACAACUACGAAUAUCGUGACAACCCUCGUCGAGCCAACACUUGGGCCGAUGAUGUUUAUGACCGCUCACCAGGCGCCGGGACACGCGCCAAUCCUAACGAAACCUUUGAGAGCAUGACUGCCAAUCGGAGUCGAGCCAGUACCUUGCAAAAUGACUUUACAGGUUAUUCUGAUAGCAAACCAAACAGACCAACAGCACCGAAACCUGUUUUCAGGCAGAAAACCGGAACGGCUGGUCUACGUUCAGAUCAAGCAGUGGCCCUUUUUACUUUCGAUGCCGAUCAAGAUGGCGACCUUGGUUUCAAGAAAGGAGAUGUUAUCACCAUCACCAAACGCACCGACAAUAAGACUGAUUGGUGGACUGGUCGAACAGAGGAUGGUCGUGUUGGUGUGUUUCCUUCGAAUUAUGUUGAAACGGCGUCAUAA